AAGUGCACGAGCACAACGCAGCUACUAGUGCCAGACCCGACAGUUUGCUAGGGCUCGUCACCGGCCAGGCGCGGGACGCGCACGUGCACGAGUUGCAGAGGGCUGCUGUCUGUGUGAUACAGGAGCUGACGAGGUCGAACACGAUGCUGUUUUAUUGAGUACUUCUGCUUGUCUAUUCCAUUUGGAAUUCAGAAGACAACUGGACUAUUAGUCAACGAGAGUGGGCUAUUUGAGAGUAAAGGAAGUGGAACCUAAUUGUGCAGGCUAGAGUCAUCAAAGAUCCUUCUUCUAUUGUCAUAGCACCAUAGAGUGAUGAUUAACUCAGCUGGAUCAGGAGGUGUGUGUAGGCUGCUGACCUCUUUGCUUUUUGGGCUGGAGUCUCACAUGGACACCACAGAGGACAUCACUUUUCUACAGGACAUGCUCAUGGGCAAUACUCUGCAUCUUCUUAUUAAGGUCUAUGAUAGGCUGCAGAAGUACAGGGCUCUAUGUCCUGCUCCACUGCUGGAUAGAGUGCAGGGCCUGGCUCAGGAUUUGGCAGAGGAGCUGCAUGCCGUAGUUGCCUUCUCAGAGACGACAGAGCUUUUAUACCUCCUGUCCAAACCUCAUUUACAGGGUCUUCUCUCAGUGCAUGACACGGUGGCCCAAAAAGACUAUGACCCCCGGCUGCCUAUUCUGCCGCCAUUACCUGAUUACAAAGAGGACAUGGAAGACUCAGUACAGAUCAUAUGCCUGGUUAAAAAACAAGAUCCUCUGGGAGCCACCAUAAAGAGAGAUGAGUCCACUGGAGGACUAGUGGUGGCUCGGAUCAUGAGAGGAGGAGCUGCUGAUCUAAGUGGUCUUAUUCAUAAGGGUGAUGAGCUCAAGGAAGUCAAUGGAGUUCCAAUGGAGGACAAGAACCCAGAGGAAAUUGUUCCCAUACUAGCCCAGUCAGAAGGAGCAGUGACCUUCAAAAUAAUCCCAGGCACCAAAGAAGAGCUGGAGAACAAAGAUGCCAAGACCUUUGUUAGGGCACUUUUUAACUACGAUCCCAAAGCAGAUCCUGCUAUUCCAUGCAAAGACGCUGGGUUGGAGUUCAGAAGAGGAGAUGUGUUACAGAUCGUAAGCCAAGAAGAUGACACCUGGUGGCAGGCCAGACGGCAUGGUGACGCCAACCUCAGGGCUGGACUAAUUCCCUCUAGACAGCUUCAGGAAAGGCGAGUGGCUUUACAGAGACCUAAAGCUCUGUUUCACCCAAACAGAGUAUCUCACAGGUCUACCUCUGGUUUAAGGAGAAGUUUCCGCUUUAGCAGAAAGGACAGCAAAAGUCAAGGGAAACAGAAGAUGGGUGGAGGUCAUCGCGGCAUCUAUACGUCAAUAUAUCAGGAGGUCUUGCCUUACACCAGAAAACCUGAUGAGCCCUAUCGUCUUGUGCUUCUAACCGGGCCGAGUGGGGUUGGAGUUACUGAGUUGAAGAGGAAACUUCUACUCUCUGACCCAGAACACUUCAGUGUAACUGUGCCAUAUACCACUCGGGAGCGGAAAAAGCAAGAGAGAGACGGGGUGGAGUACCACUUUGUCUCCAAACACACAUUUGAAAAAGAUAUCCUCAACCACAAGUUUUUGGAGUACGGUGAACAUAAAGGCAACUACUAUGGUACGAGCGUGGAUUCAGUUCGCAAGGUUCUAGCGGAGAGCAAGGUGUGCCUGUUGGAUGUGGAACCCCAUGCAAUAUCAGUCUUAUACACAACUGAGUUUAAACCUUACGUUGUAUUUGUAAAGCCCCCAUCUAUUGAGCACUUAAGACUGAGCCGAAGAAAAGCUAAAGUUCUGUCAUGUCCGGAUGAGCAGACACUCACAAAAACAUUUACGGAGGAGGACUUUGAUCAUAUAAUUGCCAUUGCCCAAGAUAUGGAGAAUAAAUACGGCCAUUUGUUUGAGAAAGUCAUCAUCAAUGAUGACCUGGCCAUCGCAUUCACUGAGCUGAGAGACGAACUCAAAAAGAUUGAAAGAGAGAGUCACUGGAUCCCCAGUACAUGGACUCAUGUCUGAGAGAGCAAAGUAGGUAAACUAAGAUCACUUUUGAAAUGUUUUGGAGAUUUUCAGCAUAUAAAAAACACAUCAUAUUAUUGUAAUUAUAUGCUUAUAAGCCAGUCAUGAAUUAAAUCCCCUCAUAACCACCAAACUCAUGACACUGGACUGAAGUGAUCUUGUUAUUCCUGUGCUUGAAAUAGGUUUGUUUAUGUUGAGAAACAAAUAAUUGUAAAGAAUUUUCAUCUCACCCAAAUUCCUAUGUAAUGAUGUACAUUAUGUUAUAUUUCUGUAUGAUUUCUAUACAGUUAUUGCUUUUGUGCACAGUUGUGGCUUGUGUUCUGACAUUAAUUACUUGCAGACUCUCCUGAGCAAAGAUGUGUUCUCAAUUUGGUUUAAGUGGUGUGGAGCAAGACUACAGUUUUUUCUUAAAUUGUGACUACAAGAUUGAACUCUGGAUUAGACCUUUGAAACAGAUCCAGGUAGCUCCACUAUGUACCAAACAUUUCCAAUCCAAGUGUGGAUUUGUUCUUGACAUUGAAUUCAACUCUGGGCUUUGCAAUGAUUUAAAUGUCUCAGUAUUCCUGAGGAACAUUAACUUUACAGGUAGAUGAAGUAAAACGGAUCAAUGCUGCGCACCUCAACUAAUCUUACCCAUUUUUUAAAGGAUAAAACACUUGCAAAGAGUGAUUCCCAUGACAAUUCUUCUCAAACAUUUCCUUUAGAUCUGGAAGUUGGGAGGAAGAGGUUUGUUGGAAGGUCACCUUAGUUGUUUCUCCAGGAGCCAGAGCAGGAAGUGGAGUUUAUUUUCACCAGCACUCAAUAUAUUUAAGCGGAAUUAAAGAGUAAUGGGGGUCCAGUUGGAUGGCUGCCUGGCCAGUGUGGGGGACAGAACUCCUCGUAUAUCUGCCUUUUACCUUCUAAUGUAAGGAUGCUUGAAAUGGAGAAGCAGACAUCGAUCCUUACACCCAUCCAUAGUAAGACAGAUACAGUUGUAAAAAAUUACAGAGUGACACAUCUGCACUUAAAAACACAUUAAUGUAUACAAGAUUUACUUCAUAUUUUCAUUGUAGCCAAUUGGCAUAGUCCAAAUCUUAGACAGUACUCUGACUGGAUUUUACUGUGUAAAUACAUUUGAUGGAUACUACAAGGCUUUCUGAUGCAUUUUGCUCUAUAAGAAUGGCCAGACUGGUUUUCACAGAGUUUAAGUCUAAAAUAUACUGGUAGAUGACCUAUAACAUCCAUUUUUGGUUAGAAUUUAAAUGUGGGAAAGCAUAUAUUGUACAGCAAGACUACAGAGAAAAUGGCACGAUGCUUCUGAAAGUUCAUGUACCCUAAAAUCGAGAAAAUAAUAAAAAACGAAAAAAUAUGUUUGCAUCAAUUCAAGCCUGAAUGCAUUUCUUCUAUUGAAAGCCUAGAGUAAAAAUAAAUGUUUACUCUUGUGCUACUGAUAGCAAGUUGCUCGAGAAGCCUCAGAGACACUGGUCCCGUGGAAACCAGGAAGUAACCAUGUUCUCAUAAACAAUGUUGAGCCCGAUUCAGAUGUUGGAUUUUUGCUCUAAGAUUAUAGUUUUACUCCACUAAUUGUUAGGUUUAGGGUUGGGGUAUAAUAAUAAUAAAAUAAUAUGUAAUAAAAAUGUAUUCCUCUUUACUGUGUAGCCCUGCUAAAAUAUUAGUGUAGACCUGUUCAAAUAUUAUAGUGUAACCUUGAUUAAACAUUAAGGUAUCUUAAUUUAUUGUUUAUUUGUUUACUUAUUUUACAUAUUUGAUGUAUAUAAUGUGUAAAAUGAAUAUACAUGGUAAAAAAAGAAACGAAAACAUUGAUGUGAAGUGAAGGUUUACAUGUACGUAACUGUUAGGAUGUCUAUGAUUGGGGAAGAAGGAGGGGCGAAGAGUCGUAGAAAGAACCAGAUAGCGCCCUGAGAUCCAGGAAAUUCUCAGUGGUUCCUCUGGCAACGGUGGAAUGUUCAUGAAAUCAUUGUGGACGUGGAGCGUGUGACGAAAUACUCAGAUUGCAAAGAGUGAGGUUUCCAUUUAGUUUGAAGCACGCGCACCAUCAAAGUAACAGGCCUGCAACGUUUAUUUUAUUUUAUUUCAAAGACUUUGGGUGUAUGUUUGAUACUAUCAAAUGAGUAUUGGCAUUCCAAAGGGUGAAACAUAUUGUUAUAAGUUAUGUUUAUGGUUAAUGAGUCACAUUUAAACGAUGUUUCUUAUGUGAUGUGAUAUUUGAAAGUGAAUAAAUGAGUGUUUAUGCUACUAUGAGUCUGAAGUGAAAUAUGAAUAGGGUAUUGUGAAUACUGUAAAAACUUAAUGUGUUGUAUUUGAUCAUUUAAGGGUUGUUUUGUAAU